AUGCCAUCUUAUCAAGGAAAUAGAAAUAAAGAUCAUUAUAACCUGAAAAGUUUCAGGAGUAAUAAUAACAGAAAUGCGGGUGGUGCACCUAGAUCUUAUCGUCCAUCAUCAUCAUCUUACAAGGCAAGACAAAAUUUAUAUCAACAGCAUAGUAUAUCACAUAACAAAGCAGAUCAAUUACAAUUAUGGAUGGGUGAUAUAGAUUCACAAUGGAAUGAAGAAUUUUUAAUGAGAUUAUGGACUGAUUUAGUCACGAAACCAGUGUCAGUCAAAAUUAUAAGAGAUAAAGCCAAUCCGUCAAAAUCUGCUUAUUCAUUCAUUACAUUUCAAUCACAAGAGUCAAUAGACUUAGCUUUACAAAGAAAUGGUCAAAAAAUACCGCAUUCCAAUAAGACUUUCAAAUUGAAUCAUGCAAGUGGUGGAAAAAGUCAAAGUGGUUCUCAUGAUCAAACUACCGAAAAUACGCUUUUCGUUGGUGAUAUAGCCCUUGAAGUUAAUGAAGCUACAUUAUUCUCAAAAUUUAAUCUCAAAUAUCCUAAUCAAAUACAAUCAGCUAAGAUAAUACUCGAUAUAAAUACUAAAAAAUCAAGAGGUUUUGGAUUUAUAAAAUUUCUGAAUGGAGAUGUUAUGCUUAAGGCAUUAGAUGAAAUGCAAGGAAUGAUUAUUGGACUGAAAGCUAUUAGAUUGGGUAUUGCAGCAGGCUCAGAGACGACAAAUACUACCUCUCAAAAGGAGACAAAGAUAGAUUAUCAUAAGAUACCAAUUGCACAACAUCAACCAGAGUUAAAUAAAUGGACAGAUCAAAAUAAUACAAGUAUGCUAAUAAGUGGACUAAAUACAAAAUUUACAAUUAGAGAAAUAGAGAACUUAUUAUUGGGGUUUGGAAACGUCAUUUAUGUUGAAUUGGCUCAAGAUUUUGAUAAAUGUUAUGUGAAAUUUUUAAAUAGACAUGAAGCAGAGCAGGCAUUUUUAUAUCUUCAUGGACUGGUCAUCAAUGAAUGCAGAUUGAAAGUAUCAUGGGGUGUUUCUGUGCCCGUUAAAGAUGGUGCUGUCAAAUUUAAACCUAAAUUGGUAAAUGAAGGUAAAUAUGAGAAGAAUAUUGAUGUUCCAUCUAUUUUUAUUACAAAUGAGUAUGUUAAUAAGAGAUUAGAUAUUAUAAAUGAGUCAGUUAGAGGUCUGUUGUUCAAGUUGGAUGGAAGUGAACCUAAAUCAAUUAUUGAAAUUAAUGAUUUAUAUUUUAACAAGAAAUUAAAUCAAUUUGAGAUUUUAAAUGAUAGUUUAUAUUAA